UUAACUGAGCAUAAUAAAACAGGCCUUAGUAUAUUAUAUAAAAACCUAAUUAGUAAAAGUAUCACAGAAAAGUUCAACUAUGAAAGCAUUAAUACAACGCGUUAUGAACGCUAAAGUUACCGUAAAUGGUGAAGUUAUCAGUAAUAUAGAGCAAGGGUUAUGUGUCCUAAUCGGAAUUUCAAAGAAUGAUAACUUGAUGGAUAUGGAAUACAUAGUCCGUAAGAUCCUCAGUGCAAGGUUAUUUAAUGAUGACAGUGACAAACGAUGGAGCAAGAGUGUGGUGGACAAGGAUUACGAAGUGUUGUGUGUUAGUCAAUUCACCUUGUACAAUACUUGGAAGGGUAACAAGCCAGACUUUCAUAAUGCAAUGGCAGGUGAUGACUCUAAAAAGUUUUAUGAACAGUUUUUAGAACUGCUAAAAGAAAGUUACAAGCCGGAGAAAAUUAAAGACGGAGUAUUCGGGGCGUAUAUGCAAGUAUCCAUAGAAAACGAUGGCCCCGUCACGGUGAGCAUAGAGUCACCGGUCAGGGACGAGCAAACGCUAGCCAAGGAAAACUCUAGGAAUCCGCAGAGGGUUAAAGUAAAUACGAAUUGUGAAGGAGAUCUACAAGCUUAGUGAUGUUGUAA